AUGAUGUUGCGACAAGAACAACAGCAGCUUCCUCCGGCCCACCCGAUGUAUCUUGUGAAGCUUGUCGAAGACGAAAGGCGAGAUGGAUCGACCCAGAAGAAGCCGCGACGGUCGAAGAAGAGAAAGUCUCACGACGAAAAAACCGCGGGCGCACCGUGCGAUGAUAAUGCAACGACAGCACGCCGCGGUCAUCCGGACUCAAAUGGGGACGAAUUCUCAAUGGCUUCAGACAGUCAACCCACGGAAGGCUUUGCAUACCUGCAACCACUUGUCACCCCUGAGAUGCCACUGUCUCCAGACACUACUGCAGCAACAACGGUCAGCAAUCGACCAGAUAUCGCCACAAAGUCUUCAUUGUUCGGCAUGGAUCUUCAACCUGGGUCGGAUAACUCCUUGAUCAAAUCAAGACUUUGGUCGCAGCCUGUCCACGAGACAGUAUCCCAGGAUGCCAUUAUCAGCGUGUCCAUGCGUGAUUCAGACGCGAUGCUGCACGCCUCCCACGCUUUGAACAUCUCCCCUGCCGUGCUGGAGAGAUUGAUCGAUGCGUAUUUUGCCAACAUGACCGCAUUCUCCUUGUUCCAUCGGACAACAUUCCCAGAGAAGCUCAAGCAGAUGGGGCCGUCCCUCUAUUUAUACGCUCUCCUAGCGUCGAUGUGCUCUUUUUCUGCCCGCUUUGUCACUGAUGCCGAAGACCAGGUCGGAAUGAACCACUUCAACCAAGAACCGAGCAAAAUCCCCUGCGCGGAACAUUUCCACCAGGUAGCCUUGCGUUUCGAAGAAGAAUCAUUGACUCAGUGUUCGGACGGCACUCCGCCUCUGGAGUUCCUGCAAGCAAUUAUCUUGACCACUUGGUUCCAAUUGACCAAAGGGGUCCAUGGUCGCGCCUGGAGGUGGCUGGGAACUUGCAUUCGUGUGGCAUAUGAGUUGAACCUGCACUGUAUUGACGCACACAAGCCCGAAGGCUAUGUCCCUCGCACUGAGGCCGAGAUCUUGGCCUGGAGCCAGGAGGAAGAACGUAGACGCUGCUGGUGGGCGGUCUGGGAGAUGGAUUGCUUUGCAAGCACGAUCCGACGAGUCCCCACUGGACUCAGCUGGACACAAAGCUCGACUUUGUUGCCAGUGGAAGAUCAAUUUUGGUUCCGGCAGAAUUUCCAUCCCAGCUGUUUUUUGCCGGCAAAGCCUGGGGACCGGUGGCAAGCUCUUCAACGAAGUGGGAAUGAAAGCCCCGUGGCUUGGAUCAUCGUCAUGAUCUCACUGUCCCGGAAUGCCCAGACACUUUCACUAUCAGAGAAAACGCUUAGCGAAACACUAGACAAAGACGACUCUACCAUCAACCACGCAUCCGAAGCCUGGAAGACGGCAAGCAACACCGAGGAAGAGCUGGAACUGCUCUCGCACACUCUACAGUGCACGCUUCUUGCACUUCCAGACUCCUUGCAAUAUCACAACGAGGCUCUCAGGUUUACCUCUGUGGAUUGCGAUCAAAGCCCCGUCAGCAGCGUGUUAGAUCACGCCAGAUAUAGCAUUUAUGUCCUGACAGAACUCACAAAGUUCAUGAUUGCCCACCACUACACGUUCCACAAGGGCGCGAAGCCUGCUAGACCGCCACACGGCAACGCAGAUAUGGAUAUACACGAGGCAAACAGCCAACCCGGAAUUCUCCUCAUGUGCACCACGCGCAAGCCCAACGUGCAAGGCUUGAAGCAGUAUGUCGAAGCUUCAAACAACAUUGUUUUCCUUUUGAACCGUUGCAGCAGCACGCACGUUCGUUACGUCAACCCAUUCCUAGCCACGACCAUCUGGCUGGCGGCGACUGUGCAGCUUCUCAAUAAAAAGUUCGGGCCUCCCCCCAGCGGCAGCCGAGACCUUGCCGACGCCAAAUUUAACGCCUUGAGACUCACAUACAAGCAGUUUGUCAGGUUCUGGAACACCCCCGUGGGCCUUCUACAGAUUCUAGACUCUCUAGAAGAGCGAUUUGACCGUCUGCUUGGGUCGGGGUCGAGGUCUCCCGUUGACGCUGUCAACAAGAGCUCCAACCACGGCGGGGUUCGCGACGAACGGCGGGUUUUCGGAUUUCCAGAGACAUCCAUCCGCUUUGGUGAUUCGUCCUCAACUGCCCAAAAGCGCCCUUCUCCUCCGUAUACGGGCGGUUUGACCGAGCCCAACCUGACCGGAUCUGGAGUGAACGCGAUGAUCGCUUCUUCUGUACACUCAUCUCAAGCAGCAGUCGACGAACAGCAUAAACACAUCUUACCGAGCUUCGGCCCGUCAGUUAUGCAGUUCCCACAGCCUGGCCUAUCUAGCGAAAACAAAACAGCUUGCCAGACGGGACCAGUGGACACAAAUGUCCAAUUCGACCACAGGACCGCAACUGAUCCAAUGUUGGAUCCCAUGGAUUUUCCUCUAAAUUUUGACUGCAACAACGAUGAUGAUCUAAAUCUCUAUCUCAAUAACCUUCUGUCAGGGUCAUAUUGUGGCAGCUUGGGCCCCUUGUAA